GUGAUAGAGUGAUUGUAUGAAGUUGAAACACUGCAUCUGUAGGCGUCGUGUUGGUUUAUUAUUAUUAUAAAUGUUAUAUUGUUAAUUCUAAUUUUGUUAACAAUUAACAGUUGUCUAAUGUCCUGUAAAACUAAUUCAAAAUUUGAGACAUUUGAGUAAAGUUUGAUUCUCCUAGACAUUUAAUUUUUACCUAGAAUCAUGGUCAAACUUACAACGGAAUUAAUUAUGAAUUCAUACCAGUUCAUAAAUCCAGUCAAAGAUAGAGAAUUGGAUUUAAGAGGUUAUAAAAUACCUCUUAUUGAAAACAUGGGUGCAACUCUCGAUCAGUUUGAUACUAUUGAUUUUUCGGACAAUGAUAUUAGGAAAAUUGAUGGUUUUGCAUACCUUAAAAGAUUGAAAAAUAUCAUAUUUAAUAACAACGCUAUUGUACGUAUAGCAGAUAAUUUAGAACAAUGUCUACCAAAUCUCGAAUCCUUAAUACUAACAGGUAAUCAGAUUCAAGAGCUUGGAGAUUUAGAUCCUCUUGCUUCACUCCCUAAAUUAAAAAUGUUAAGUCUUUUGCAUAACCCAGUUGCAUCAAAAGAGCAUUAUAGACUUUAUGUAGCACAUAAAAUUCCACAAGUUCGAAUUUUGGACUUUAGAAAAGUUAAAUUGAAGGAGUAUGAAGCGGCUAAAACAUUAUUUAAAGGCAAAGAAGGAAAAGAACUUAAAAAGAAAUUGGUUAAGAAAUCUAAUCAAUUUGUUCCUGGAGAAGGACUUGAAAACAGAAGAGCAAAUGGUCAUAGUCAAGCAGAUGUGUGGAGAAUUAAAAAGGCAAUAUCUGAAGCAUCAUCACUAGAAGAAGUUGAACAACUUUCCAAGUUGCUUGAAGCUGGGCAAAUUCCUAACAAAGACCAAAAUAAAAAGUCUGUUCCAUCAAAUGGAGAAGAAAAUAUUGAAGAAUUUGAUGACGACGACGAUGAUGAUGCUAAUAAUGAAGCACCAACACCAAUGGAAUAGUCGUGGUCCUUGUACUGAAAGCUAAAUUUCUCAGUUUUAAUUUAAGAAUAUAUUAUGUUUAAUAUUAAAUCAGUUUAUUAAAAGAUAAGAACAGAUACACAUACUAUUGGUUUAUUUUAUAACUAUAAUUUUUUCUUGAAUCCUAUUAUCAAUGGGUUACCAGUAAAAUACAAUAUUAAGUUCAUUAAGCUUAUAUGUUGAGAAGCGUUAUACAUUAACACUUAAGGGUAUUACCUUUUUAAACAAACAAUAUCAUCUUGUUUACAUGUCUGAUAGUAUUUAGUGAUUACAGUGAUCAUUUAUAAGUCUACAAUUCAUCAUCUGAAAUAACUUUACCCAGGAUACAAUGAAAAUUAUCAUCUACGAACAGAAACAUAUAUUAUUUUUUACAAAUAUUUUAUCUACCUAACUGAAAACUGUUACAAAAUGGAUAACAGUUGUCUAUUACAGAGAUGCCCGUUACAUGAAGAGCAUUGUAAGCUGCUACAAUAAGUGCAAUGUGGGAAGAUGACCAACUAUGACACAAUGUAUUGGUUGGAACAGAAGAAACUGUUUUUAUUGUUUUUUUCUUCAAUAAUCUGUUGGUUACUGUAAAUCCUUAGAAAAAAAUGUAUGCAUUAUUUUUAAUUGAAAUUAAUAAAAUAACAUACUUUACAAGA